AUGUCUGUCUGGGGAUAUAUAAAGCCUUUUGGAAUUUUUUUUUACACAUCACGGAUAAUUGUGUUCCGAACCAUUAGACUGGAGGAAAUGUGGUUCCUAUCACGUGCUAGACACAUGUGUCCCCCUAAUCACGAGUUUGGUCGGACCACAGUUGUUCGUUUAUUAAAUAAGAAACUAUGACUGAAUGGCCGAUCUAAACACAGACUCGGAGGGGAGACACCCGAGGAUGUCCAUCGAAUCUGGAUCAUCUCCCAAGGGAACGGCGCAUCCGGAUGGGAAUACCGGAAGUGACCAUAUAUCUGACGUCAAGCUGGUUGACGGCGGCUAUGGAUGGGUGAUCGUUGGCGCAAGCUUCUUUAAUCUGUUCUGCUUGGAUGGACUCAUAGGAAUAUAUGGCCUUUUGUAUCCGGAACUUCUUAUUAACUUUGGAGCGGAACCCGCUGUCACAGCUCUUCCCGGUUCCCUCAUGGUCGGCAUGUGUUGCUUCAUAGGUCCCGUCUGUAGUGAGUUGAUCCGGAGGUUUGGAGCCCGUCAGGUUACAGUAUUCGGAGCAUGUGUUACUUGCGUAGGACUCUUAUGUAGCUUCGCCUCUCAAUCCAUGACAGUCUUCCUCUUUACGCACGGGAUCCUUACAGGAAUUGGAUGUGGGCUGUACUUUCUGCCGUCAAUGACUUUGGUUAAUACGUAUUUUGACAGGAAGCGUGGUAUUGCGCAAGGCAUAAUUUCUGCAGGAAGUGGAUUAGGUGUCGUCGUUUUAUCGCCAGUAACAAAUAUUCUGAUGGACUAUUACGGUUGGAAAGCUUCUAUUUUAUUGUGGGCGGGGUUCGUUUUAAAUAUAUGUGUUUCCGGACUGCUGAUGCGACCGCCUCCUCAGUCUACAAAGGGAGGUAAUCAUAGAUGUGCCGGUACAAUCAAACUAGACAGAGAAGCACACGACGAGUCUUCUAUUUCAUAUAAACAACAUGAAGAUCAUUUGUGGUCGUCUUUAUCUCUGCAGGAAAAUAGAGAGAUUCAAAAUAGUAAUGUGAAAAAUGGAAAAGUACAAAAUGGAAGGGUUCCAAAUAGGUUUGUUUACGUUGGGAACACUGAACAUUCAAGUACGCGCAGCCUUCCGCACCGUCACAUAGACAGGCAUGAUGUUUCAAAGGAACAACUCGGUCUUUAUCGAUCUCUUCAGUGUGUUCAUCAACCAAAACAUAAGCGGCACAAACAUCUGCCUGCGAAUAAACGUAGCAUCUUUGAUAGGAAGGACAUCUUCCUCACCGGAAGUACAAAUAUAUUGAGGACAUACUCUUCCCACAGAUCUGUUCACUCAAAACAUGUUGAGGAGAUGGAACAUACAUACGCUACUAGUGAUGAUACCUCGUCAUACAUGACGUCAGACAGUGGAGGAAGUCUCUGGUGUAAAGGUACAUGUAAACCGUUUAUGAAGGACCCUGCCUUUCUGCUCCUUGUCGCGGGCUCGGCUCUCGCUCAGAUGGCACAGCACAUUCCAAUGACGUUCCUGGCCGAUUACAGCUAUUUCAUUGGACUGGAAGGCCGGGACAUCGCUACACUCUUCGUCAUUUUCGGUGUGUUCAACAUGGCAGGAAGACUUGCGGGCGGAUUGUUGGCCUCUAUAAGGAUGUUCAGUCCGCUGUUUGUCUGUAACUUCGGCAACGCCGUCUGCGCUCUAGCCUGUUUCCUGUUCUGGCUGUGUACGACUUUUGAGUCAUUGGCAGUUUUCAUUGGAGUCUAUGCUUUCUUCGUUGGUUUCUCCUGUCCCACACAGCCGCUGAUAGCACUAGAGUACGUCGGACUGGACAAUCUCACGCCAGCCUUUGGACUCAUCACCAUGGCUAAAGGUCCAGCCGCUGUAGCGGGUCCACCACUUGCCGGUGGCUUGUACCAGCUCACUCAGAACUAUAUUUACUCCAAUGUAUUUGGCGGGUGUCUACUUCUACUGACUGCGAUAAUCAUGUCAGUCAUGCCUUUCGUAGCAAAGUAUCGUCUUCAGAAACAGGAAGCUCCGGACAUCGAAAUCACACCACGCUCUCUGGAUGUCACAGACACGACUUCCGGGGAACGAGGCUCCCGGGGAAAAAAUCCAUGACGUCUAGCCUAGAACUGUAUCUGAAGACUAAUUAAUUCAGUAUUUAUCUUAGGAUCGUACAUUGCAGAUAAAUGUUGAUCUGUUUCUUUAUUUCAGGUGAACAUGAUUUCUUUUUUUUUUUUUUUUUUGUAAUCUAAAGCAAAAUAUUAUCAUAAUUUUAUCAUUUAUAUAAAGGCAUCAUCGCAUUGAAAAGUUCAGACCGUUUGUUACCAGUGCAGUAUUUGCUUUGAUAAGUCAGCGGAGCUCCCUUUGAUCGAUUUGAGAGAGAAAGUUUACCGCGAUGACCGAUUGCGCCGCACAGUGCAUAUCUAUAAAGCGGUGUAGUUAUAAAUGUUCAAAGCGAGGUUCCCGUUGACCUUCGACUAUUUAUUUAAUUACUGGACCAGUUAAAAGCAAUAAAUGUCCUCUCCAAGUAUCAAAGAAGUUCAAGAACUCCUCAUAAAUGACAUUUGGAAUUAAUUAUAUCAAUUUGGUGGAUAUAAGUAAGAGAAUAGUAAUAAAGAAAACCAAUUUACAAUUUAAGUGAGCCCGUCAUAAAGAAUGAAAAUAAUAGUAAGAAAUACUGACAGUAGAGAACACAGUUUUAAAAGUUAAAAGAUUAUAAGCUUUUAUAUCAACAACACACAGACCUACAUAGUUAUGUUGACCUUUAUCUAUGAGAGUUGCUAUCGCCUUGAACGUGCGUGUGCCUAAUACCACUAACUACGGAUCCCCGUACCAUUGCCGACAAAGAAUGUACUGGACACGUUUUUCUGGCAAAACUAUUUCUUUGAUAAAUAAUUGCUGAAACGAAAGCCCUAACUUAGGGGAAUACUAUGAACAUAUAGAACUGUAUGAAAUAAACAAACAUAA